GAGUCUGUACUCCAAGCAUCGGUUACCAUUAAAGCACUUGCUAUAUUUUGCUAGCAGAAGCCAAGAAAAGCAAAGUACUGAAGUUGUUGAGAGAGUUUGUGGAAAUGAGUGCCAUGGGUGAGGGUCUUACCCAGAUACUGAUACCUGUAGCUGCCUUGGUGGGCAUUGGUUUUGCUUUGUUUCAAUGGUUUUUGGUCUCCAGGGUGAAGGUCUCAUCAAAUGAUUCCAGCAAUGAAUACAAAGAAAAGCUGAUUGAAGCUGAUGAAGAAGAAGAGGGUAUCGACAAUCUUGAGGUUUCCAUCAAGUGUGCUGAGAUUCAGCAUGCCAUUUCUGUUGGUGCAACCUCUUUCCUCUUUACCGAGUACAAGUACCUCGGUAUCUUCAUGGGUGUAUUUGGUGCCAUCAUCUUCCUCUUCCUUGGUUCAGUUAGGGGCUUCAGCACCAAAAGUGAACCCUGCACAUACAACCAGGGCAACACCUGCAAACCAGCCCUGGCAAAUGCCUUAUUUAGCACGAUUGCUUUCUUACUGGGGGCGCUAACCUCUGUCCUCUCAGGUUUUCUGGGGAUGAAAAUUGCAACUUAUGCCAACGCUAGAACAACUCUAGAAGCAAGGAAAGGUGUUGGGAAGGCAUUUAUAACAGCUUUUCGCUCAGGCGCAGUCAUGGGUUUCCUUCUUGCUGCCAAUGGCCUUUUUGUGCUCUAUGUAUCCAUCAAUUUGUUUAAGCUUUACUAUGGUGAUGACUGGGAGGGACUUUAUGAAUCUAUUACUGGUUAUGGUCUCGGUGGUUCUUCUAUGGCCCUCUUUGGGAGAGUUGGGGGAGGAAUAUACACUAAAGCAGCUGAUGUUGGUGCUGAUCUUGUCGGUAAAGUGGAACGAAAUAUCCCUGAAGAUGAUCCACGAAAUCCAGCUGUCAUUGCUGAUAAUGUGGGUGACAAUGUAGGAGAUAUUGCUGGCAUGGGUUCUGAUCUAUUCGGGUCUUAUGCCGAAUCAUCAUGUGCAGCACUUUUUGUUGCAUCUAUAUCAUCCUUUGGUAUCGGUCAUGACUUUACAGCAAUGUCUUAUCCCUUGAUCAUAAGCUCAAUGGGAAUUGUGGUUUGCUUGAUAACUACACUCUUUGCAACUGAUCUGUUCGAGAUUAAGAAUGUCAGUGAAAUUGAGCCGUCCUUGAAACGGCAACUCCUUAUCUCCACUGUUCUGAUGACUGCUGGGAUCGCUGUGGUGAGCUUCUUUGCAUUGCCAUCAGAAUUCACUCUUUAUAAUUUUGGAACCGAAAAGGAAGUGAAGAAUUGGCACCUUUUCUUCUGUGUUGCUAUUGGCUUGUGGGCUGGACUUGUCAUUGGGUAUACUACAGAAUAUUACACAAGCAAUGCUUAUAGUCCGGUGCAGGAUGUGGCUGAUUCUUGCAGAACAGGUGCUGCAACAAAUGUGAUUUUUGGGUUGGCUCUGGGAUACAAAUCUGUCAUCAUUCCCAUAUUUGCCAUUGCGAUUGCUAUCUAUGUGAGCUUUAGCCUGGCUGCGAUGUAUGGAAUUGCUGUGGCCGCUUUGGGAAUGCUCAGUACUAUAGCCACUGGUCUCGCAAUCGAUGCUUACGGUCCCAUAAGUGACAAUGCUGGUGGUAUUGCAGAAAUGGCUGGAAUGAGUCACAAGAUACGUGAAAGAACAGAUGCUCUAGAUGCAGCAGGAAACACCACUGCUGCUAUUGGCAAGGGUUUUGCAAUUGGGUCAGCAGCACUCGUUUCUCUUGCUUUAUUCGGCGCCUAUGUUAGCAGAGCAGGCAUCGAGUCAGUAGAUGUACUGACACCAAAGGUUUUCAUUGGGCUGAUAGUCGGAGCCAUGCUCCCCUACUGGUUUUCAGCCAUGACGAUGAAGAGCGUGGGAAGUGCAGCUCUCAAAAUGGUUGAAGAGGUUCGUCGGCAAUUCAACACAAUACCAGGACUAAUGGAAGGCAGGACGAAACCAGACUAUGCAAACUGUGUAAAGAUUUCAACCGAUGCCUCACUCAAGGAAAUGAUCCCACCCGGUGCUCUUGUCAUGCUUACUCCACUCAUUGCUGGAACCUUCUUUGGAGUCGAAACUCUUGCUGGUGUUCUUGCUGGCUCACUUGUUUCUGGUGUCCAGGUUGCCAUCUCAGCUUCCAACACAGGAGGAGCAUGGGAUAAUGCCAAGAAAUACAUCGAGGCCGGUGCUAGCGAGCACGCCAAGUCGUUGGGUCCAAAGGGUUCGGAUUGCCACAAGGCUGCAGUGAUUGGUGACACAAUCGGAGACCCCCUCAAGGACACUUCCGGACCAUCACUCAACAUCCUGAUCAAGCUCAUGGCAGUCGAGUCAUUGGUGUUUGCUCCAUUCUUCGCUGCUCAUGGAGGCUUGCUCUUCAAAUUGCUCUGAGUUUUUAAGUCCCGGUACAUAUAUGUUCAGCAGAGAAAUGGAACUUUUCUGUAACAUAGUAGUUCCAAUAUGUAAAGGAAAAUUCUAGCUUGGGUUUGGUGCUGUCAGUUACCCAAUUUUAAUGUCAAUACAAUAAGUUUAAUUCAUAUCA